AUGUCUCUAAACCUCUUUUCUCGGACGGGGAACUCCCUGCUACACCAGAGCCUCAAUUUACUCGCUCCAGCCUCCUGUCGAUGGGCUUCGACAACCCCAAGCAUUGCUAAACACAGCAACACUCGGUCAAGCAGCAUUCAGCGAACAAGUUUCCCUGCACCAACCAGAAGCACAGGGUCUAUUUCAGCGAGAACGAAAGCACUCAAAAAAAAAGGAACUACGCAUCGAAACAGAAUUAUCGAGGACAUGAAAAAUCAAAACGAAGGCCGAAUUCUAGAGAGAUUCCAAACCAGAGAAUGGGCGGCAGGCGAUAUUUAUUCUCCCCACGAUUUGAGUCCAAGUGAAAUGAAAAAAUGGUCAAAACGCUGGAGUCCGUCGAACGACGCUUUUGAUGCAUUGAACAUCAAUCCUCUUGAGCAUUAUAAGAACUUCUCCAUCAUGUCCGAAUACAUGACUCCAAUGGGUCGGAUAAAACAUCGAUCAGCCACAGGUCUACGACCAGUCAAUCAACGAAAGAUUGCAAAGGCAAUCCGUCGCGCCAUCGGAGUCGGUCUUAUGCCCAGUGUUCACCAACAUCCCGAGAUUAUUGCUAUGGAAUUGAGAGGAAAAGGUCCCAGGGGGGGAUUCGGUCUCUAG